AUGAGCGCCGAUCAGUUCAAAAAGAUUGAGAAGAUCGCUAACUUCAUCAAUAGCAAUCCGAAGGCCAAGGUUGUAUUUUUGGUCGGCGCCGGGAUCUCAACGGCUUGUGGAAUUCCGGAUUUUCGCUCUCCAGAAACAGGAUUGUAUGACAACCUGGCAAAACUAAAGCUUCCUUUUGCUGAGGCCGUUUUCGAUAUAGACUAUUUCCGGGAAAACCCACAACCGUUCUAUACUUUAGCGAAAGAGCUAUACCCGGGAAACUAUGAGCCCUCAAAAUUCCAUCAUCUAAUGCGUGUUUUCCAAGAUAAGGGCCGUUUGCACAGGAUUUACACCCAGAACAUUGAUACUUUAGAGAGAAGCGCUGGUAUUAGAUCCAACUUAGUUGUGGAGGCCCAUGGGUCAUUUGCUCACAACCACUGCAUUGACUGUGGUAUGGAGUACCCCCACGAAUUCUUCAAACAGGCAAUGUCCAAUACAGCCGGGGCGUUUGCUCGAUGCAAAAGCUGCGAGGGCCUUAUCAAACCCAAGAUCGUAUUCUUUGGUGAAAAUCUGCCGUCGCACUUUUUCUCGACUUGGGAUGAGGACCUUGAACAACUGAACGAGAAUCAUAUCGUCAUCGUUGCAGGUACAUCCCUGGCCGUCUACCCAUUCGCAUCCCUCCCUUCUGAAAUACCGAAAAGUGUGAGGCGAGCUUUGGUAAACUUGCAAAAGGUCGGAGAUUUCUUGGCAAGCCCAAGGAAAUCAGAUAUCAUUUUUAAUGGGUCAUCAGAAGUGGCUGCUGAAGAGCUGGCUAGAAAACUAGGAUGGCUAGAUGAACUAGAAAGUUUGGUCGAAGCUGCGUCGAGUAGGAGACAGCAAAGUAUGAAGGAAGCUGUCUCUACUGUAUCAAAGGGUGCAGAAGAAGUUUUGAACAACGUGGUGCAAGAAAUGGAGCAUAUGAGUUUAAGCAACACCAGCGUUAAUAAAAGCGAGACGGUGGAAGUAGAGCAGACGAAGAGCAAGCCUGGAAAUGAAGAACAGGGAAAACAAGAACUUAAGAAACAAGAACCUGAGAAACAAGAACCUGAGAAAACAGAAGAAAUGAAACGGGGGAAUGAACAGAGAAGGAAAGAGGGAAAUGGACAAGAGAACGAUAAGGAACAGAUUCUCGAAAAGAUGGAAAACAAGAACUAA